ACGGUUGCCGGAAGCGACUGUUGGUAACAGACUUGGUUGUGGUGUAAGUGGGAGCUGUGCGUUGCCGUUGAGGGGGGGAAGCCGAAGCCGCAACGGGCGGCUUUACCGAGGCCAGCUGCCAUCAUGGUGGAGGAAGUGCAGAAGCAUUCUGUCCACACUCUUGUAUUCAGGUCUUUAAAGAGGACUCAUGAUAUGUUUGUGGCUGACAACGCAAAACCUGUAUUAUUAGAUGAAAAGAGCCACAAGGUUAAGAUGGCAGUUAAACUCCGUACAGAGUAUGGAUCUGUGCUACAUAUGCCUAUAUUGAAAGAAUGUGUUCGAGAGAAGGGUCCCCAUGGCAUAGUAGAGUCCUAUGGACACAAGCAGUAUCUUCAAAACCCAGGAGAGGAUGAUUAUUUGAUAACAGGAACACAUCCAUAUCCUCCUGGACCUGGAGUGGCUCUGACUGCAGACACUAAAAUCCAAAGGAUGCCUAGUGAAUCAGCAUCUCAAUCAUUAGCUGUGGCACUGCCAUCUUCUCAAUCCAAAAUCGAAUCAAAUAGAACUGCUGCUGGUGUAGGUGAUAUAUAUAGACAUGCUGGGAUUUCUGAGCGUUCACAGCCUCCAGGUUUGACUAUGGCUAUGAUGGAAGCUGGUGGGAAUAAAAAUUCUGCAUUGAUGGCAAAAAAAGCUCCAACAAUGCCAAAACCACAGUGGCAUCCACCAUGGAAGCUAUACAGAGUGAUCAGUGGACAUUUGGGAUGGGUGAGAUGUAUUGCAGUUGAACCAGGGAAUCAGUGGUUUGUUACUGGUUCUGCUGACAGGACUAUAAAGAUUUGGGAUCUUGCAAGUGGCAAAUUAAAACUGUCUUUAACAGGACAUAUUAGUACAGUUCGAGGUGUAAUAGUCAGUGCAAGAAGUCCUUAUCUUUUCUCAUGUGGGGAAGACAAACAGGUGAAAUGUUGGGAUCUUGAAUAUAAUAAGGUUAUUAGGCAUUACCAUGGCCAUCUCAGCGCUGUGUAUGGUUUGGAUUUGCAUCCAACAAUAGAUGUGCUUGUAACUUGUAGCAGAGAUUCAACAGCACGUAUUUGGGAUGUAAGAACAAAAGCUAGUGUGCAUACAUUGUCAGGACACACAAAUGCUGUGGCAACAGUGAAGUGUCAAGCAGCAGAGCCACAGAUUAUCACAGGAAGUCAUGAUACCACCAUACGUCUCUGGGACAUGGUAGCAGGGAAAACACGGGUCACGUUAACAAAUCACAAGAAAUCCGUAAGAGCAGUUGUCUUGCAUCCAAGACAGUACACAUUUGCAUCUGGAUCUCCAGAUAAUAUAAAACAGUGGAAAUUCCCUGAUGGAAAUUUUAUCCAAAACCUUUCUGGCCAUAGUGCUAUUAUCAAUACAUUGGCUGUGAACUCAGAUGGAGUCCUGGUUUCUGGAGCUGACAACGGUACAAUGCACCUUUGGGAUUGGAGAACUGGGUACAACUUCCAGAGGGUGCAUGCAGCUGUACAGCCUGGCUCUUUGGACAGUGAAUCGGGAAUAUUUUCUUGUGCAUUUGACCAAUCUGAAAGCAGACUUCUUACAGCUGAAGCUGACAAAACUAUAAAAGUCUAUAAAGAAGAUGAUUCUGCGACUGAAGAAACUCAUCCUGUUAGCUGGAAACCUGAAAUCAUCAAGAGAAAACGAUUUUAAAUGAGACCAAACCUCCAUUGAUGUGCCAUAAUCCCAACCCUUUGUUACAUAGCCGAAACACUGCUAAAGCCAUUGCUCAGUUUGCAGUUUUUACAUUUUGUAUUGCUUUCUUCUCUGAGUUUUUCUCUUCUCCUAUAAUGCUUUCUUUUGGAAUUUAUCUUUUCUCUCAUCCUAGAAAAAUCAGCUGCAGUUAUUACAUGUACAUUACAUAGUGCUAUUAACUGUAGACCAUUAAAUGUUUGUGUGUCUUUUUGUGUGGAUGGAAGGUGGCGCUGUUUUCUUUCUGCCUUCUUGAUGAAGAAGUAAUGUUUGAAAUUUUGAUGAUUUUUUUUUAAAAAAAAACUUGCAUACUACUCUGUCCUAGGACCCUGAAUGGUAACAUUGUCAAGGGAAAACAAAAGCCAUUGUAGUAAUGAUUCACGUCCUUAAUACAAUGUGCUGCUUGUAAAGAUGUAAUCCAAUACAUUUCAUUUCCCCUAAAAUAGAAGACUUAACUGCAGUCUCGUAUGUUGAAUGUGCAUCAUUCUGCUUGAGUCACGGUUCUAUUUUUGCCUAUCCCAUGUUUGAAUCAUCAUUAAAAUUUUAUUGAAACAACCUUUUAAAAAUAA